AUGGAACUCGAUCCCAAACCAGACUUACAUAAUGCGGAAGCAAAACUACGUAUUCCUGAGGAACUGAAACCAUGGCUUAUGGAUGACUGGGACAUGGUUGUGAAACAAAACCAGCUGUUUCAUCUCCCUGCGAGGAAGAAUGUGGACUCAGUUCUAGUGGACUAUGAAAAUUGUGAGAGAAUCUCUCAAAAUGCCAGUGAUGAAUGGAUGCGGCAAAUUAAGGAAGCUGUGAUAGGAAUCCGAGCCUACUUUGAGGUUAUGCUGGGCUCUCAACUGCUUUACAAAUUUGAGAGACCCCAGUACGCUGAAAUCAUUGAAAAGUAUCCUGAUGUUUCUAUGUCCCAGAUUUAUGGAGCACCCCAUCUCUUGAGAUUAUUUGUAAAAUCUGAACAAAUGAUAAACUCUACAGCUCUUGAUGAGCAGGGUUUGGCUUUAUUGUUAGAGCAUUUGCAUCGCUUUUUAGAUUACUUAGCAAAUAACGUUUCAGUUUUGUUUAAUUACAAGGAGUAUGAUUUUGCUUCUCCUGAGUACUAUCGUAGAGCUUUUUGCUAA